GACAGGUUCGUCUAUUCUCUAGUUCUCUUGUACCCACUACUCUCUUCUCCGUUCUCUAAAAGUGGGGGUCAUGCCUAAUCUCUCUGUGGCAACAAGAAGUGGUGGUCUGAUAAUUGAUGCUUGACAAGCGUGUUAGGUUUUUCUUUAUUUCUAUCUGUUUAUUAGGGUUUAGGGUUUAUUAAAGAGGAUAUUGAUUUUUUAUUUCUUGAUCGUUUCCCUUCAACUGGUGAUUUAUUCACCGUUAGCGUCGACUGGUGAUCUGUUCUCAAACGAUUUCAUUAUCAGAUUAACCCAGACGCUGUUCGGUUUGGGUCUUAACACAUAAGAAUAAAAUCAGGGAGGGAAAUCAUACAGGUAUUGUUGGAGUUUGGGUUGAGAUUUCAUUCGCUAUUCACCGUUAUCAGUGUCACUCAACUCCAGUAAAGCACAUUCCAGGAAGAAGGCACUCUAAGACAGGUUCUAAAGUCUGCACAUGCUUGUGGUGCAUUCACAGUGAUUGAGAGAGUUUUUUGCACUGCAAGCGAGGAUGAUGUACAAUGAUCCACAUCAGCAGCAGCAGCUGCUGCAGCAUCAACAGCAACAGCAUCAACAGCAACAUCAGCAUCAACAGCAACAUCAGCAUCAGCAGCAACAGCAGCACCAACAUCAACAACAACAUCAACAACAGCAACAUCAGCACCAACACCAACACCAGCAACAAAGCUUAGACUUCCAUAGAGGACCGCCAAUGCGUCAACCAUCAGCUUCUUCGACUAAUCUCACAUCUGAUUACCAUCCCGCUGGUCCCACUCCUUACGAUGCUCAAGGAGACAGUUUUGCCGCUAAAAGAGUUAGAAAGCUUGUCCAGAGAAGAGCAGUUGAUUAUACUAGCACUGUAGUUCGUUAUAUGCAGACCCGUGCAUGGCAGCGAGAUUCAAGGGAUAGGACUGUGUUGCAACCUACCCCAGCUGCAGCAAUAGAUAUGCUGCCAACAAUUGCCUACGCAGAUAAUCCGUUGACAAGUUUCGCUGCAAAGUUUGUUCAUGCAUCUACUAACAAAAAUAGGUGUUCAAUAAACCGUGUGUUGUGGACUCCUACAGGUAGACGUCUCAUAACUGGUUCUCAAAGUGGUGAAUUUACUCUUUGGAAUGGACAGUCAUUUAACUUUGAGAUGAUUCUUCAGGCUCAUGAUCAAGCAAUCAGGUCUAUGGUAUGGAGUCACAAUGAGAAUUGGAUGGUUACCGGUGAUGAUGGAGGCGCAAUAAAGUAUUGGCAAAAUAACAUGAAUAAUGUCAAGGCAAAUAAAUCUGCUCAUAAGGAAUCAGUCCGUGACUUGAGCUUCAGUAAAACUGAUCUGAAGUUCUGUUCCUGUUCUGAUGAUACAACUGUUAAAGUUUGGGAUUUUGCGCGGUGCCAGGAAGAGCGUUCUUUAUCUGGCCAUGGUUGGGAUGUUAAGAGUGUCGAUUGGCACCCAACAAAGUCUUUACUAGUUUCAGGUGGCAAAGACAACCUUGUAAAACUUUGGGAUGCUAAAUCUGGGAGAGAGCUUUCUUCGUUCCAUGGUCAUAAAAAUACAGUGCUUUGUGUCAAAUGGAAUCAAAAUGGUAAUUGGGUACUAACAGCUUCGAAGGAUCAAAUCAUCAAGCUUUAUGAUAUAAGAGCUAUGAAAGAGCUUGAAUCCUUUCGUGGACAUCGGAAGGAUGUAACUGCUCUUGCAUGGCAUCCUUUCCACGAAGAAUACUUUGUCAGCGGCAGUUUUGAUGGGUCCAUCUUCCAUUGGCUCGUUGGGCAUGAUACUCCUCAGGUCGAAAUAACUGGGGCGCAUGAAAACAGUGUGUGGGACCUUGCAUGGCAUCCUAUUGGCUAUAUCCUAUGCAGCGGUAGCAAUGAUCAUACGACAAGGUUUUGGUGUAGAAAUAGACCAGGAGAUCCUCCCCGUGAUAACUUCAAUACGGGAUACAGCCAAGGAUUUGGUGACCACAAUCCUGCCAUGGCGGGUCGUGUGCCCAGUAACUUCCCAGUACUUGAUGGCCCAUCAACUCCAGGACCUUUUGCUACUGCUCUGCCUCGAAAUGAAGGAACCAUUCCUGGUAUUGGAGUUGCAAUGCCAUUAUCUAUUGACACAUCUGAUCAAGGAGAGCAACAACAGCAAUCUUUUCCAGUUUCUAUGCCUGCCGGGGCUCCUCCCCUUCCACCAGGUCCACAUCCAUCUCUUCUUGCCCCAGCUCAAUCUUAUCAGCAAUUUUCUCAUCAUAUGCCGCCCCAACAACAACAACAACAUCAACCAUACCAACAGCAAAUGCCUUCGUUACAAGUCCCACCCUCAAAUAUAUCGCAGAUGCAACCACCACCAUCUCAUUUGUCCCUCCUACCACAUUCUCAUUUGUCUCGCCCUCCCCCAAUGGCAGGUUCUUUGCCCAUGCCCUCCUUGUCUAACUCACCACAAUUGCCGCCAAUGCCUGGUCAACUGGGAAUGCAAGGUCCGACCAAUCAGAUGGUUCCUCCAAUGCCACAAGGACAUAUGAUGGGUAUGAAUCAAAUGCAUUCAGGAUCUGUACCAGCUAAUGCUCUACAGCAACCUCCACGCGGUGGUUAUGCAAAUGGGAUACCUAAUCUUCAGGGCCCUUCAGGUCCAAGUGGACCGGGCCAAAUGUAUCCUUCAUUGGGCGGUCCAUACAACCGUGGACAACCUGUUCAAAUGUCAAUGGUUCCAGGACUUAAUCCAUACCAGGCAGGAAAUCAAAGUGGGACUGGCAUGAGGCAAGUUGGACCACACAUGGGUCUUUCACAUGGUAUGCCGCCUCCACCACCACCACCACAACAACAUGGUUCGAUUCCUCAGUGACCAGUAGCUAAAAGUUCUUGUAGAGGUAAGCAAGGUAUUUAAGUAUCUAAGACCAUGGAAAGAUGAUGAAAUAUCCAAGUAUAAAGAGUUUAUUUCUUCUUUGUGUCGGUGGGUAUUAAUGUUACAUCUUUCCUUGGGAACUCAUCUACUUAGGUUAGGUGAGAUAUGGUUUUAACGGUAAUACGUUUCUUUUCUACCCACUGAAGAUCUUACCAAGUGGGCUAGUCAUCAACUACAGAACUGUCUUUUGGUUGGUUCACAGUAUUUAUUUUCUGGAAAGGAAACAACGAAAAUAUAGGAAAUCGGUCCAGAUCAUGUGCCAAAACAACCCUGUACCCUUUCCACACGCAAAUAUAAAUAUAAGAGCGACACUCUUGUCUUGCACAA